GCGAACGGGAAGCUUCGAAAAGGCGGAUAAAAACGGUCGGAAAAGCCAUUUUCAUUUGGCGGGAGAGCGCGUAAAAAGUGGAUGCAGUUUAAAAAAAGAAAAGCGUGCUGAUGAAAAAUAAACAUUUCCGUUGCGUGUGCAAAAAUCGACAUAAAAACAACAGCAGAAUGCUAAAGUGCAGUGAUGUGAAAAAAUAGAGAAGGAAAAAUAUUGUAUAUUUUUAAAUAUUCGCCCUCAAGGCGCGGCCAGCAAAACAACCAACAAAAAUAAUAGGAACAGAAAUAAGUCCAACCCUUUGGUGAUUUGCCCCCUGCUAAAAAUGCGUUGCAUGUGUUUCUAAUAAUGAAGUGUUUAUUUUGAGCGCCCGCAAGUGAAAUGCAUUUGAAUGCCACAAAGCAGCGAGUUGAAAUCAAGAGAUAAAUAAAAUUCGAAAGUGCUUUCAUAUAUUUUUGUUGUGCUUUUUGUAUCCAUCUUCCUUUUGUGGAGAGCCCGUAAUUUGGAUUGGAUUAUUUCCCUUGGCGGUUUGCAUCGCCCACAGCAAAGCAACGAAAAUGUAUUGAUCAGCAGUGGAAUAAAGUGGACUGGACAAAAGGAAUUCACCCAUGAAUAAGUCAAGUGUAAGGCGUAAAAUACACAAUUGAAGAGGGAGAAAAUAAGGAGAAAACUCACUGCAAAAGUGUUAAUAGCAAAAAGGAUUAAAAAGUGCCGCGGCAAAAUGGCGGCACGACGUUGCCUGAAUCAGCUCAGGCAACGUUAUAUAUCUAAUCGAUUAAGUCUGUACUCCUGCGCGAUAUUUUUAAUAUCACUUCCGUUCAUUUUGGCCAUAGAAGAGACCACAUUUGCUGGUUUGUCGGCGGAAAAUGCGGCUCGCAUGCUGGCCGGCAGUCCUGGAGAUGUGGAAAAGUCUUCGCCGCAUCAUAGCGAAAUGUCCUUGGUGCUGCCACACGAUACCUAUCCUGGGUUUAGCAUCAAGAAGUUCAAGACCCAUCCCAUCAAGAUAAAUGGUAGCUCGCAUGCCGGCGGAGCUGCCUAUCACAUGUUGGAUAGUGAUUACUCCAAGUACUUCACGGUACUGGAAGACGGUGUGGUGAUGACCACGGCGGAUAUAUCCCCGCUGGUCAAUCGUCCAGUUCAAUUGGUAGUGGUUGAACAAACGCCCAAUGUCACCAAUACCCACAAUCUCCAGUUGUUUGUGAUGCAUCGCAAUGAUAUGCUGCGGUUUUCGGGUUCCCUACUCGACGCCAGUGGUGAAGUCAGGGAGAACCAGCCAGCGGGCACCAGAGUGAGAGGAGUGCCCCUAAUGCAGGCCUUCAGCGGUUCCAUCCUGGACGAAGAGCUCGCCAAGCCAAAGAAAGUUAGGUACACCAUAAUCGACGGCAAUGUGGAUGACGCAUUUGCCCUGCAGGAACGCAAGGCCAAUAAAAAUAUCCAAAUAAGCGCCAAAUCGUUGGUUAUUAGUGGCGAUGACGAGUCUGGUGUUUGGCUGGUCACCAAUCGUCCACUGGAUCGCGAGGAACGGGCUCACUACGAUCUCUCUGUGGAAGCAUCCGAUGUGGAUGGCUUGGACAAGACGGUGUCCAAAAUCCAGAUCACCGUACUCGAUGAAAACGAUAAUAGACCGAUUUUUAAGGCCCUUGACUAUAAGUUCGCCAUUGCCGGUCAAAAAUCCGCGAGUAUGGAGAGCAAUAGUAGUGUUACGUAUCGACGCUUUGCGAUCAUGGGUAAAGUUGAGGCCACCGAUGCUGAUGGGGAUAAAAUAGCCUAUCGCCUCAAGUCCCCCAGCAAUGUUGUGAUCAUAGUCCCUCAAACUGGCGAAAUAAUGCUGGCCGGCGAACCCACCGCCAAUGAGCUUCUUAUCGAGGUGAUAGCGCAUGAUUUGCGAUACCCCAGCCUGUUGAGUGCCCAGCCUGCAAAGGUUCUAUUGGAAUUUCUUGCUGCCGAACCAGUUUCGUUUAUAAUGCAACACCUGGAGCACGACGAGGUCAACAGUCACUCCCAUCACCGCGAGAAAAGACGAGUUACCCGAGCUGUUCGACCCACCAAGAGGAUUGAGUUUACCGAAGCCGAUGGAGACACUGAGGGAAAAUCGGUGUUUCAAUUGGAAAAGGAAACCGACAAGGAGACAUUCAAGAUCAGAGAUGAUAAUCCCUGGGUGACGGUGGAAACAAAUGGAGCUGUGCGAGUCAAAAAGAAGUGGGACUACGAGGAGUUGGGUCCGGAGAAGACCAUCGAUUUCUGGGUCAUCAUCACCAAUAUGGGACACAAUGCUGGCAUCAAGUAUACGGACAACCAGCGUGUGAUAAUCCUUGUGAAGGAUGUGAACGAUGAGCCGCCGUACUUCAUCAACCGGCCACUGCCCAUGCAGGCGGUGGUUCAGCUCAAUGCGCCACCCAAUACACCGGUUUUCACGCUCCAGGCCCGAGAUCCCGAUACUGAUCAUAAUAUCCAUUACUUUAUCGUCCGCGACCGAACUGGCGGACGUUUUGAGGUGGAUGAGCGAUCUGGAGUGGUGAGGACUCGGGGCACCGAUCUCUUCCAGCUGGAUAUGGAGUAUGUGCUGUAUGUGAAGGCCGAGGACCAGAACGGAAAGGUCGAUGAUCGCAGAUUCCAGAGCACACCCGAGGAACGACUCUCAAUUGUGGGCGGCAAAAGAGCCCCUCAGUUCUAUAUGCCCAGCUAUGAAGCCGAGAUCCCAGAAAACCAGAAAAAAGACUCCGACAUCAUUUCGAUUAAGGCCAAGUCGUUCGCAGACCGCGAAAUCCGCUACACUUUGAAGGCCCAGGGACAGGGAGCCGGCACCUUUAAUAUCGGACCCACGUCGGGCAUUGUCAAGUUGGCCAAGGAGUUGGACUUCGAGGAUCUGCGACAGCCGCAUGUGUAUUCGCUGAUUGUGACAGCCACCGAGGACUCUGGAGGAUUCUCCACCUCUGUCGAUCUCACGAUUCGCGUAACUGAUGUGAACGACAAUGCUCCGAAAUUCGAGCUGCCCGAUUACCAGGCCCACAAUGUGGAUGAGGAUAUUCCGCUGGGCACAAGCAUACUUCGAGUUAAGGCCAUGGAUUCAGAUUCUGGAUCGAAUGCCGAAAUCGAAUACCUAGUAUCCGAUGACCAUUUCGCCGUGGAUUCCAACGGAAUCAUUGUGAACAACAAGCAACUGGAUGCGGAUAACAAUAAUGCCUAUUACGAGUUCAUAGUCACGGCCAAGGAUAAAGGUGAGCCGCCAAAAUCAGGAGUGGCUACAGUGCGUGUUUAUACGAAGAACAAGAACGACGAGGAGCCCAAGUUCUCACAGCAAGUGUAUACCCCCAAUGUCGAUGAGAAUGCCGGGCCGAAUACUUUGGUCACCACUGUGGUGGCCUCCGACAAGGAUGGUGAUAAUGUACGGUUUGGAUUUGUUGGCGGCGGCACUUCGUCUGGUCAGUUCGUCAUCGAGGACAUAACCGGUGUGAUCCGACUGCACAAUAAAGCCAUAUCGCUGGACAAGGACAAGUACGAGUUGAACGUCACCGCCAUGGACGAUGGAUCUUGCUGUGUGAAUGGCGAUCAAACCAUCCACACCUCAACCGCCGUGGUUGUGGUCUUCAUCACCGACGUUAACGACAAUAAGCCGGUGUUCAAGGACUGCAGUACCUACUAUCCGAAAGUCGAGGAAGGAGCUCCCAACGGAAGUCCCGUCAUCAAAGUGGUGGCCACCGAUGAGGACAAGGGUGUCAAUGGACAGGUGAAAUACUCGAUUGUUCAGCAGCCGAAUCAGAAGGGAACGAAGUUCACAGUGGACGAGGAAACUGGAGAGGUGUCCACCAAUAAGGUCUUCGAUCGAGAGGGAGAUGAUGGGAAGUUCGUGUCGGUCACGGUUAAGGCCACCGAUCAGGGUGAUCCAAGUCUGGAGGGUGUCUGCUCGUUCACCGUGGAGAUCACAGAUGUCAACGAUAAUCCACCCCUGUUCGAUCGUCAGAAAUAUGUGGAGAAUGUGAAACAGGAUGCCAGCAUUGGCACAAAUAUCCUCCGUGUCUCCGCCUCCGAUGAAGAUGCCGACAACAAUGGAGCUAUAGUAUACAGCUUGACUGCCCCCUUUAAUCCCAACGAUCUGGAAUACUUUGAAAUUCAGGCCGAAUCUGGAUGGAUUGUGCUUAAAAAGCCGCUUGACCGCGAGACAUACAAAUUAGAGGCCAUGGCCCAAGACAAGGGCUAUCCGCCAUUAUCGCGUACUGUCGAAGUACAAAUCGAUGUGGUCGAUCGUGCAAACAAUCCGCCCGUCUGGGAUCAUACUGUCUAUGGGCCCAUUUAUGUCAAGGAAAAUAUGCCCGUUGGCGGCAAAGUCGUCUCGAUCAAAGCCAGUUCGGGUAUUGAAGGCAAUCCCACAGUUUUCUAUCGUCUGAUGCCCGGGUCAACGGCCCAAACGAACAAAUUUCACACGUUCUACUUGCAACAAAGACCGGACAAUGGCGACACUUGGGCCGAUAUAAAAGUAAAUCAUCCGCUGGACUACGAGAGCAUCAAGGAAUACAACCUAACCAUACGUGUUGAGAACAACGGGGCCCAGCAAUUGGCAUCGGAAGCGACCGUUUACAUAAUGCUCGAGGAUGUUAAUGAUGAAAUACCUUUAUUCACCGAACGCGAACAGGAAACGGUGCUCGAGGGCGAACCGAUUGGCACCAAAGUGACACAAGUGAACGCCAUCGACAAGGAUGGCACAUUCCCAAAUAAUCAGGUCUAUUACUACAUUGUCGAUUCGCCGCGAAAUGAGGGCAAAGAAUUCUUCGAAAUCAACCUGCAGAGCGGAGAGAUAUUCACGAAAACCGUGUUCGACAGGGAGAAGAAGGGCGCCUAUGCCCUCGAAGUGGAGGCCCGGGAUGGAGCACCGUCGGCGCGACCCAAUAGCAAUGGACCCAAUUCAGUCACCAAAUUCAUACGCAUUGGCAUCGCCGAUAAAAACGAUAAUCCGCCCUAUUUCGACAAAUCGCUGUACGAGGCCGAAGUGGACGAGAACGAGGACAUUCAGCACACAGUGCUCACUGUUACGGCCAAGGAUCACGACGAGUCCUCACGUAUCCGCUAUGAAAUUACAAGCGGCAACAUUGGCGGCGCUUUUGCGGUUAAAAAUAUGACGGGUGCCAUUUAUGUAGCUGGCGCUUUAGAUUACGAAACUCGACGCCGGUAUGAGCUUCGUUUGGCCGCGUCCGAUAAUUUGAAGGAGAACUACACCACCGUGAUUAUCCAUGUCAAGGAUGUGAACGAUAAUCCCCCCGUUUUUGAGCGACCCACUUAUCGCACCCAGAUUACCGAAGAGGAUGAUCGUAAUUUGCCAAAACGCGUCUUGCAGGUUACGGCCACAGAUGGCGACAAGGAUCGUCCCCAGAACAUCGUGUACUUCCUCACGGGCCAAGGCAUUGAUCCGGAUAAUCCAGCCAAUAGCAAAUUCGACAUUAACCGCACCACCGGCGAAAUAUUCGUUUUAAAGCCGCUGGAUCGCGAUCAACCCAAUGGUCGGCCCCAGUGGCGCUUCACUGUAUUCGCCCAGGACGAAGGGGGCGAGGGACUCGUGGGCUACGCGGACGUCCAGGUCAAUCUGAAGGACAUCAACGAUAACGCGCCCAUUUUCCCUCAGGGCGUGUACUUUGGCAAUGUCACGGAGAACGGCACCGCCGGCAUGGUUGUGAUGACCAUGACGGCCGUGGACUACGACGACCCCAACGAGGGCUCCAAUGCCCGCCUGGUGUACUCCAUCGAGAAGAACGUGAUUGAGGAGGAAACCGGGUCGCCCAUUUUCGAGAUCGAACCCGACACGGGUGUGAUUAAGACGGCGGUGUGUUGUCUGGAUCGCGAGAGGACGCCGGACUAUUCGAUACAGGUCGUGGCGAUGGACGGCGGGGGGUUAAAGGGGACGGGGACGGCGUCCAUACGCGUUAAGGAUAUCAACGACAUGCCGCCACAGUUCACCAAGGACGAAUGGUUCACGGAAGUGGACGAAACGGAUGGCACGGCCCUGCCGGAAAUGCCCAUUUUAACCGUGACUGUGCACGAUGAGGACGAAACGAACAAGUUCCAGUACAAGGUCAUCGACAAUAGCGGCUAUGGGGCCGAUAAAUUCACCAUGGUGCGGAACAACGACGGCACUGGCUCCCUGAAAAUCGUCCAGCCGCUGGACUACGAGGAUCAGCUGCAGAGCAAUGGCUUCCGUUUCCGCAUUCAAGUGAACGACAAGGGCGAGGAUAACGACAACGACAAGUACCACGUGGCCUACUCGUGGGUUGUGGUUAAGCUGAGGGACAUCAACGACAAUAAGCCGCACUUCGAGCGGGCCAAUGUGGAGGUCUCCGUGUUCGAGGACACCAAAGUGGGCACCGAACUCGAGAAGUUCAAGGCAACCGAUCCGGAUCAGGGUGGCAAGAGCAAGGUCUCCUACUCCAUCGAUCGUUCGUCGGAUCGCCAGCGCCAGUUUGCCAUCAACCAAAACGGUUCGGUCACCAUUCAGCGCUCCUUGGACCGCGAGGUUGUGCCCCGUCAUCAGGUCAAAAUUCUGGCCAUCGAUGACGGUUCUCCUCCGAAAACCGCCACCGCCACGCUCACAGUCAUCGUUCAGGAUAUCAACGACAAUGCCCCCAAGUUCCUGAAGGACUACCGACCAGUCCUGCCGGAGCAUGUGCCACCACGCAAAGUGGUCGAAAUCCUGGCCACCGACGAUGACGAUCGCUCGAAGAGUAAUGGUCCACCAUUCCAGUUCCGUCUGGACCCCAGUGCCGACGAUAUUAUCCGGGCUUCCUUCAAGGUGGAGCAGGAUCAAAAGGGUGCCAAUGGUGACGGCAUGGCUGUGAUUUCCUCCCUACGAUCCUUCGAUCGCGAGCAGCAGAAGGAGUACAUGAUCCCGAUUGUGAUCAAGGAUCACGGUUCGCCAGCGAUGACGGGAACCAGUACACUGACCGUCAUUAUUGGCGAUGUGAAUGACAACAAGAUGCAGCCCGGCUCCAAGGACAUCUUCGUCUACAACUACCAGGGGCAGUCGCCAGACACGCCCGUUGGUCGAGUCUACGUGUACGAUUUGGACGAUUGGGAUCUGCCCGACAAGAAGUUCUACUGGGAGGCCAUGGAGCAUCCGCGUUUCAAGUUGGAUGAGGAUUCCGGCAUGGUCACCAUGAGAGCGGGAACUCGCGAGGGACGAUACCAUCUCAGGUUCAAGGUCUACGACCGCAAGCACACCCAAACCGAUAUUCCGGCAAAUGUCACGGUCACAGUGAGAGAAAUCCCCCACGAAGCUGUCAUCAAUUCCGGUUCGGUGCGCCUGUCUGGCAUUUCGGACGAAGACUUCAUUCGAGUGUGGAACUACAGGACGCAGAGCAUGAGUCGCUCCAAAAUGGAUCGGUUUAGGGACAAGCUGGCCGAUCUACUUAACACCGAAAGGGAGAACGUGGACAUAUUCAGUGUGCAAUUGAAGAGGAAAAAUCCGCCUUUAACCGAUGUCCGGUUCUCGGCCCACGGAUCGCCGUACUACAAGCCCGUCAGGCUGAACGGCAUUGUAUUGAUGCACCGCGAGGAGAUCGAAAAGGAUGUGGGCAUCAAUAUCACCAUGGUGGGCAUCGACGAGUGUCUGUACGAGAACCAAAUGUGCGAGGGCAGCUGCACGAAUUCCCUGGAAAUCAGUCCCCUGCCCUACAUGGUGAAUGCAAAUAAAACUGCUUUGGUCGGUGUUCGAGUGGACACCAUUGCGGACUGUACUUGCGGUGCUCGCAACUUCACCAAACCGGAAUCGUGUCGCACCACACCCUGUCACAAUGGCGGACGUUGUGUGGACACCAGAUUUGGGCCCCACUGCUCGUGUCCCGUGGGCUAUGCCGGUCCCAGGUGCCAGCAAACCACGCGCAGUUUCCGUGGCAACGGUUGGGCCUGGUAUCCUCCCCUUGAAAUGUGCGACGAGUCGCAUUUGAGUCUGGAGUUUAUUACCCGAAAGCCAGAUGGUCUCAUCAUCUACAACGGACCCAUUGUGCCACCAGAGAGGGAUGAGAAGCUCAUAUCCGAUUUUAUUGCCCUGGAAUUGGAGCGAGGCUAUCCCAGGCUCCUCAUCGACUUCGGUUCGGGAACUUUGGAGCUGAGAGUGAAGACCAAGAAGACAUUGGACGAUGGGGAGUGGCACAGGAUCGACCUGUUCUGGAAUACCGAAAGCAUUCGCAUGGUUGUAGACUUUUGCAAAUCGGCGGAGAUCGCCGAAAUGGAGGAUGGCACUCCGCCGGAGUUCGACGAUAUGUCGUGUCAGGCGAGAGGACAAAUUCCGCCCUUUGAUGAGUAUCUCAAUGUGAAUGCUCCUCUGCAAGUGGGUGGCCUGUACCGGGAACAGUUCGACCAGAGCCUCUACUUCUGGCACUAUAUGCCCACGGCCAAGGGCUUCGAUGGCUGCAUCAGGAACUUGGUUCACAACUCCAAGCUCUAUGACCUUGCUCAUCCGGGACUUUCGCGGAACAGCGUGGCGGGUUGUCCGCAAACCGAGGAAGUUUGCGCCCAAACGGAGACCACAGCUCGUUGCUGGGAGCACGGAAAUUGUGUGGGUUCCCUGUCCGAGGCCCGAUGCCAUUGCCGACCGGGCUGGACAGGUCCUGCCUGCAACAUUCCCACCAUACCCACCACCUUCAAGGCGCAGAGCUACGUCAAGUAUGCCCUGAGCUUCGAACCCGAUCGGUUUAGCACCCAAGUCCAGUUGAGGUUCCGCACGAGGGAGGAGUACGGCGAACUGUUCCGGGUCAGCGAUCAGCACAAUCGGGAGUACGGAAUUCUGGAGAUCAAGGAUGGUCAUCUGCACUUCCGCUACAAUCUGAACUCGCUUCGCACCGAGGAGAGGGAUCUCUGGCUGAACGCCAUUGUGGUCAACGAUGGCCAGUGGCAUGUGGUGAAGGUGAAUCGGUACGGCUCUGCUGCUACCCUGGAAUUGGACGGCGGCGAGGGUCGUCGCUACAACGAGACCUUUGAGUUUGUGGGUCAUCAGUGGCUGUUGGUGGACAAACAGGAGGGUGUCUAUGCGGGCGGAAAGGCCGAAUACACUGGCGUUAGAACCUUUGAGGUGUACGCUGAUUACCAGAAGAGCUGUCUCGAUGAUAUACGUCUUGAAGGCAAACACCUUCCACUGCCACCGGCGAUGAAUGGCACCCAAUGGGGUCAGGCCACAAUGGCCAGGAAUCUGGAGAAGGGUUGUCCUUCGAACAAACCCUGCUCGAAUGUUAUCUGCCCCGAUCCCUUCGAGUGCGUGGACCUGUGGAAUGUCUACGAGUGCACUUGCGGCGAAGGACGCAUUAUGUCGCCCGAUUCCAAGGGCUGUAUGGAUCGCAACGAGUGUCUCGAUAUGCCCUGUAUGAACGGUGCCACUUGCAUCAAUCUCGAGCCCCGGCUGCGAUAUCGAUGCAUUUGCCCCGACGGUUUCUGGGGCGAGAAUUGCGAACUGGUGCAGGAGGGUCAGACCUUAAAGCUCAGCAUGGGCGCCCUGGCGGCGAUAUUGGUCUGCCUUUUAAUCAUACUGAUACUCGUCUUGGUGUUCGUCGUAUACAAUCGUCGCCGUGAGGCGCAUAUCAAAUAUCCGGGUCCCGAUGAUGAUGUGCGCGAGAAUAUAAUCAACUACGACGAUGAGGGAGGCGGCGAGGAUGAUAUGACCGCCUUUGAUAUCACACCUCUGCAGAUACCAAUCGGAGGGCCAAUGCCACCAGAGCUGGCGCCCAUGAAAAUGCCAAUUAUGUAUCCCGUCAUGACCCUGAUGCCAGGUCAGGAACCCAAUGUGGGCAUGUUCAUUGAGGAGCAUAAAAAGCGUGCCGAUGGAGAUCCAAAUGCGCCGCCCUUCGAUGACUUGAGGAAUUAUGCGUACGAGGGCGGCGGCAGCACUGCCGGAUCGCUUAGCUCGUUGGCUUCAGGAACUGACGACGAGCAGCAGGAGUAUGACUACCUCGGGGCCUGGGGGCCACGCUUCGACAAGCUGGCCAAUAUGUACGGACCCGAGGCGCCCAAUCCCCACAAUACCGAACUAGAAUUGUAAGCUGGGAGACCGAGGUAAGGCAAGGAAUCGAGUGGUGAGAAGGGAGCGACCGAAUCCAAAUCCGAUGCGGAUACCUAGAUGAACAAACUAAAACUGUUAGUAGAUACAAAGUUGCAUUUAAAUCGAAAUGAAAACCCCACUCACGAGGGAAACUCACACACAAAGAAAGCGCAACCAAAGAAGCAUCUUAAUGCUGAAGUUGGCAGAACUCUUUACGUAAAUGGAAACUAAGAACUAGAAAACUAAAAGGGGAAGGGUAAUGGAAAUGGAAAUGGAUGUGGAUAUGGAUAUGGAUAUGGAAAUGAAGGAAAAAUCAAACACAUAUUAUGACACGUAAAAUGACAUUUGUAAAAAUAUUUCAUCAGCAUUUAAAUUUAAACAAUUACGAUAAUGAGAUUAAGUUAUUAGGGCAACCCGAACCGAAAAUUACGGUUGCACUUUUUCCAGCAUUUUUUGCGGGGCAAGUUAAGAACGAAUUAAGAAAAACGAGGAAAUGAGAAUUGUAAGAUGUAGGAGAGAGCAUACCAAAGUUUAGUUUAGGAGCGCUUAUGAAUUUAUAACUUUAAUUCUCGAACAGAUUUGUUGUGCAUAUUAUUUUAAGUUGUAAUUAUUAUUUUAAGCAUUUUCUGUUUAGAAGUGUGUGACGUUCGUGAGAGUCAUUAAGCGGUUAAGCCAGAAAAAUUCUCAACGCCUUUAAUUUAUCAACAAUUUAUGUUAAUCAUAUUUUUAAUUCGCAUUACUUUUUAAGGAUUACAAUUAAACAGAAUUAAAACUUAUAUAAAGGAAUACCCAAAGACUGUUUUCGUUCCAUCAUAACAAGUAUAUACAUACAUUAAAAACACGAAACAUAUAUAUAUUAACAUAUAAACAUUACGAAAUUUUUAACUGCAAAUCGAAGGACAUUUCGCAAUGUGUAUCAUUCAAUUUAAAGUAAACCACAGUCGGCAUACCCUUGGCAAGAUUCCAAGAAGAAAAUACUCCUAAAAAGAUAUUCUAAAUGCAGAAAACCUAUGCUAAAAUCUCCACACAAAGCGAAUCUAGCCGAAGAAAUGCUGGCAAAGUAAAAUAAAGUAAAGUAAAGAAAAAGAAAAAUUACCUUUAGAUGAACUUAGCGCAAUUGAUAUAAUUAAAAUGAAUACUUGAAAAGAAAAAAAUAUAUAUAUUAAUGAUGAAAAAAUUGAAAAGUAUUUUACAUUGUAUAUAUUAUUAGUUUUAGCACGUAUACAAAGGAACACACAGACACAAAAACAAUAUUAAACCAGAUGAAAUUGGUAGUAAAAACUUAAAUCUUAUUAAGUCAUUUCAACUACAGUGGAAGGACGCAUUCAACUAAAAAUAAUAAAAUCCUCCAUAUACAUAAACCUUAAACCAACUGCAUUUAAGAACAAACUUUUUCCACACGACAAAGCAAACGUUUGCAGGAUUAAUUCUACUUUCCCAUUUGCACGGUAGAACUUUUAUCGAUGGAUAAUGGUCGCAAAUUUUUAAUAUUUUUCAUUUGUUGUUGCAUAGAGACACACACAAUAAAAUUUGAUUAUGUAAGUCGAAUUCAAGUUUUCGUUUUUAUUUCAAACUGUCAGCCAGAAAAUACAAAUCAGAAAAACAUUUUACCGAUUACCGAUUGUAGAGAACCGUAAGUACAUAAUAAAAAAAUAAUAUACGAGAUUUAUAUAAAUCAUAGAGUUUUCCAGGCAGCAUGGCCACAAACAUGAUCCUAUUGCAAAUUCUGUUUCAGUUCCUUAUUUUCAUACAUUCUCACUUUAGGCAGAUACAAAUCACCCACACAGCAACACAGAAUUUUCGGUAUUCGAAUUGAUCCUACUACCACAAGAGAAACGUUAAAGAAAAGUACUUAAGAAACACUUACCAUAUACAUAUAACAAAGGAAAUGGAAAUGGAGAAAAAUCCAACAAAACUGCAACAAAAGUUGACUAUUGAAAAGUGCAAAGAUUUUAACGUAAUUGUUAAACCAUACAGCGAAAUAAAUAAUAAUAAACUUCUCUGCUGUACUUGUUUGAGAAAAUUCAUAGAAAUUUUAGAGCACAUUAAUUGUUAAAUCGAAACUUAACUCGAAGUAGCCAUUAACGAAUAUCUGCAGCCAUUUUGAAUGAUUUGCCUGCGUAGCUACAGUGUGGUUCGGUACAGCAAGUCCGCCAAUACAGAGACACACAGAACACUGCCACAAUGAUGUUUUAGUUUCGCAAAGAUUCGUGAGGUUGUUUGAACGAACUGUUAAUUUUAGGCUUUCGAUUUUCUUUCGCUCAUUCUGAACUUUUAGUUUGGCCUUCUUUCUAACGCAUCUGGCUAUGAAUAAAUUUUGCAUUUAUAUAUGUAUAGGUCGAAGAGCCAACGGAAACGAAAACAAAUCUCAAACACCCACAAGCCACACACUGAACUAUGGAAACAUUUUAAAUUGAAGACAUUCAGAUAAACAGCAAACAAAAAAACCGACCCGAUAUUUUGUAUUUAUAGAAGCAGAAAGACACACAGAACAAAAAUAUAAUAAGUAGAAUGGCAAGUGAAUUAUAUACUCAUUUACACGUAUUUGUUAUAUAUUUUGUAACGUAAGUUAGAAGCAUAUACCAUAUAUUGAAUACUGCACACACACAUACAUAUAAAAUGAGAAAUACAUUUAAACCGGAGGAACCCAAACACACACACCGACAGACUGACAGAUAGACAGACACGUUAAUCAUACUAUUUGAUAACUAUGUAUUUAUUAUGUAUGCAUUUUUUACCAACCCAAAAACAAGCGGCAAACAAAAACCGAAUCUCCCCUUUGAAACCUAAAUCCAAUUAAGUCUAAUAAAUUGGAGAACAGAUACACACACUAACACAAAAGGAAAUGCGAAAACAAAAAUAAAAAAAACCGAUUUCAAUGCAGUUUUAGAUAAAUUUGCAUAUAAGUACAUUAUUAUGUAAAAUCACUUUAAUAUACAGUAAACAAAAAUGGAAAAAGGAAAUUAGUAUUAAAAAAAAGAAAUUAUGAAUAAAUUACGAGUAAUAAUAACAAAAUAAAAGUAAAGCAAACUGCUAGGAAAAACUAACAAAUCAAUUGUGUCAGUAUCGAAAAUGAUAAAAACGCUAAUUAAGUAAGCAACAGAGAAACUGCGUGAAAACUUGUAAGCUAAUCACGCGCCACUUGAGAAAAAUGGGGAAAAUAUUUAUUUAAGGAAACAUAUACACGAACAUACACACGAACACAUUGACAUAUACACACAUUCACUCAUAGACAACCACAACUGCAAUUAUAUUAAACGAGAAAUUAUAAUAAAAGCAAGAAAACACACAAAAAGAAAAGUGGAAAGCAAACGAAAACAAAGAAUAAAAAACUAAAUAAAGAAUCUGUAACGUUAUAUGGAAAACAAAAAUGGAAAAA